AUGACGAACGCUUUUAUCGUUGGCUCGAAGCGCACGGCAUUUGGCUCUUUUGGCGGCAAGCUUAGUAACUUGACUGCAACGCAGCUUGGUGGCCAUGCUGCUAAGGCGGCUUUGGCCCAGCUCCCAUCUAACACACCGGUUUCGUCUACGGUGUUUGGCGUGGUGGCUCACUCGGACUCGACAGCCCCUUACACGGCUCGACAUGUUGGUCAUUAUGCUGGCCUGCCGAUUAGCGUGCCAGCUCUUACUAUCAAUCGUUUGUGUGGAAGCGGGUUUCAGGCUGUCAUCAAUGCUGUCCAGGAGAUCAAAACCGGCGAAUCGGACGUGGUACUUACUGGUGGCACGGAGAACAUGAGUUUGUCGCCCUACACAUUGCAUGGUGUCCGCUUUGGCAAUACACGAUACGGUGUUGACCUGAAGCUGGUUGAUAGCCUUGCGAUCUCGCUCGUUGACCAAGUGCCGGUGCCGACCCCAAUGGGCAUCACUGCCGAAAACCUCGCUGAAAAGUAUGGCAUUACGCGUCAGCAAUGUGAUGAAUUUGCGCUACAGUCACAGAAGCGCUGGCUCAAGGCACAAGAAAAUGGCGCUUUUAAGGAUGAAAUUGCUCCUAUGGAAGUCAAAGUGAAGAAGGCUACCGAGUCAUUCGAGGUCGAUGAAUACCCUCGCCCCCAUUCGACUAUUGAGUCGCUCGCCAAGCUGCCUUCUGUCUUCAAGAAGGACGGUGUUGUUACCGCCGGUAACGCUUCAGGUAUUUGCGAUGGUGCUGCUGCGAACGUGGUUGCUAGUGAGGAUGCCGUCAAAGAACACGGCCUUAAGCCUCUGUCUCGCAUUGUUAGCUACGGUGUGACUGCCUGCGAGCCUUCUCUUAUGGGUAUUGGUCCCGUCGAGGCUGUCAAGCUUGCGAUGAAGCGGGCAGGCUUAAGCAUUGCUGACAUGGAUUUGAUUGAAGUGAACGAGGCUUUUGCCGCUCAGUUUUUGGCCGUCCAAAAGGAGCUUGAGCUUCCCUCUGACAAGACAAACGUCUUUGGUGGCGCUAUUGCACUUGGGCACCCUCUCGGUGCUAGUGGCGCUAGGAUUCUUUCGAACCUUACCUACAACCUGCACCGUCUUAACAAGAAGUAUGCUCUUGGUGCUGCUUGCAUUGGUGGUGGACAGGGCAUCGCUGUCAUUAUUGAACGUGUCUAA